GGUUGGAAGGUGGCACACCCAGGGGGAACGCGGAGAGAGCAGGACACAGCUAUGGAAGCCGCCAGGAGAGGAGAUACACAGCCAGUGAUGUGGACCACCGGAUGGCUGCUGCUGCUGCCGCUACUUCUGUGUGAAGGAGCGCAAGCCCUUGAGUGCUACAGCUGCGUGCAGAAGGCAGACAAUGGAUGCUCUCCGCACAGGAUGAAGACAGUCAAAUGUGGUCCCGGGGUGGACGUCUGUACCGAGGCUGUGGGGGCGGUGGAGACCAUCCACGGGCAGUUCUCUGUGGCGGUGCGGGGCUGCGGUUCCGGAAUCCCGGGCAAGAACGACCGCGGACUGGACCUUCACGGGCUCCUGGCCUUCUUUCAACUACAGCAGUGCUCCGAGGACCGAUGCAACGCCAAACUCAACCUCACUUUGCGAGGCCUCAACCCUGCAGGCAAUGAGAGUGCAUAUGGGCCUAACGGUGCAGAGUGCUACAGCUGUGUGGGUCUGAGCCGCGAGAAGUGCCAGGGCUCCAUGCCACCGGUCGUGAACUGCUACAACGCCAGUGGCCGUGUCUACAAGGGCUGCUUCGAUGGUAACGUCACCUUGACGGCAGCCAAUGUGACCGUGUCCUUACCUGUCCGAGGCUGCGUCCAGGACGAGACCUGCACCCGGGAUGGGGUGACAGGUCCAGGGUUCACACUCAGCGGCUCCUGCUGUCAAGGCCCCCGCUGUAACUCUGAUCUUCGCAACAAGACCUAUUUUUCCCCUCGAAUCCCACCCCUAGUCCUGCUGCCCCCUCCAACCACCGCAGCCCCAUCCAAUCGGGCCCAGAACUCCUCCAGCACGACCUCUACAGCAGCCCCAACCACGACCACCUCCACCAUCAAGCCUACCACGGCCCAAGCCAGCCACAUUUCUCCCCAUGAAAUGGACCGCGAAGUCAUACAGGAAGAAGGGGCGUCGUCGAGUGGAGGUGCUGCGGGCCAUGGAGGUGCUGCGGGCCACCAAGACCGCAGCAAUAAGGAGACGUAUCCGGGAAAAGGUGGGGCCCAAAUUCCAGCUAAAGGAGGCUCUGGCACUCUAGGGCCCUGGUUGUCUGCAGCUCUGUUGACUGUGGUUGCUGGCGCGAUGCUGUGAACAUCUCAUCGCGAAACGUCCAUCUCACUUUGUUUCCCUGGCCCCGUGGUACCAACUCUUUCCAUUUCUCACUUGACUGGACUGGCUCCGCCCCCAUCCUUCAGCAUCCCCAGUUCCAACUGCACUGGUUUGCAGCUUCAGGAAACAGUCCACUGUUGUAAAGAUUCCGCUGGGGUGGCCCUUUUUUUUUUUUUUUUUUGAUGCGGCCACAGCAUUCCCCCUGAUGGUGACCAGGAUAGAGGGAAGAGACGUCUACUGGCUGAGAGAGGGGGAGAGUCCACAGCAAGCCUCCUCUUCACGUUUUCCUGACCAGGCUGGAAGAUGACCAGGCAGGUAGACAAUGGAUCCAUCCUCCGAGCACGGUGCUUGCGGGGGCAUCUGUGCGGGAGUCGGGUCGCUUGUCUUUCUUAGGAGACUGUGAACAACUCCAGGACAGUGUCUCACCUCUGGCCUUUCUAUGUGUUCUGUCUGGCACAGGAAGGUGUCAAUAAAGAUUUAGUUACUUUGUAUAGUGAGUUAACU